AUGCCAGCCGACAAAGUGCUCUGUGUAGCCGAGAAACCCUCAAUAGCUCGGUCGAUAACACAGAUCCUGUCGGGAGGAACGUUCACAACUCGCGAUGGUCCAAGCAAAUUCAAUAAAAAUUUCGACUUCCCGUAUCACCCAACGAACUCGCAAUAUACCGUAACAUCCGUUUCGGGUCACAUCAUGUCCUAUGACUUCCCUGAGACGCACAGGAAGUGGCACUCAUGUGACCCAUUCACACUUUUCGAUGUACCUAUCGAAGCCAAAGUCCAGGCUGACGCGAAACCAAUUGAAACAAAUCUAAAACAGGAAUCUCGCCAUGUUGGAAUCCUUAUGAUAUGGACGGACUGCGAUCGGGAAGGAGAGAAUAUUGGAAACGAGGUCAAAGUGAUCUGCCAAAGAUCGAACCGUGGUAUUCGAGUAGUUCGAGCGCGUUUCAGCGCGAUCAUUGCUACCCAAAUACAUCAUGCGGCUCAGCACCCCGUUCAACUUGAUCAGGCACAAUCAGACGCCGUUGAAGCACGAACAAUCCUGGACUUGAGGCUGGGUGCCGCAUUCACUCGCAUGCAGACCGUUGCGCUUCAAAACGACAUUGCUGAACUGCGCGAGGCACUUGUAUCAUAUGGCAAGUACCUCUCCCGCUGCAAGUCGUCCGGUCAAUUGAAUUGUGUCGAAGGACCCUGUCAGUUUCCGACUCUUGGAUUCGUGGUCUCUAGAUAUGAGCAGGUCCAGUCCUUCGUUCCAGAAACAUUCUGGUACAUAUACAUGGACCUUAAACGGGCGGGCCCUAAUGGCGAAGGUGUCACAGAGUUUAAGUGGAAGAGGCACAGGCUCUUUGAAUUCGAGACGGCAUUCAUGUUGUAUGAAUUGGUGCUCGAGGACCCGAUGGCACAUGUGGUGAAGGUUUCAAGGAAAGAAACGAAAAAAUUCAAACCAUUUCCAUUGACUACUGUAGAGCUGCAGAAAGCGGGAUCUCGACUCUUGAAACUCUCACCAAAAAAAACUUUGGAUAUCGCUGAGGCGCUUUACCAAAGAGGCUUUCUUUCGUAUCCAAGAACCGAAACCGACCAGUACGACGACAAGUUUGACUUCAACACAUUGAUUCAGAAACAAACUGUGGAUCCUAACUGGGGAACGUUCGCCACAAAUCUCGCGGGACCCGGUCCCGGGUACGAGGUGCCACGGAAGGGGAGGAACAAUGACAAUGCGCAUCCUCCAAUCCAUCCGACCGCUCAUGCUGGUAAUCUCAAUGGAGAUGAGAAACGGGUCUAUGAAUAUAUUACUCGACGGUUCCUCGCAUGUUGUUCAAAAGACGCAAGAGGAUUUGAGACCACAGUUGAUGUGGAAUGCGCUGGGGAAGAAUUCAGUGCCACUGGGCUAGUGGUACUGGAACGCAACUACCUGGACGUAUAUCCAUACGACAAAUGGGCCGAUAAGGCACUCCCAGAAUACAGAGAAGGCGAGGAAUUCAUGCCCACCGUGUGCGAACUCAAGGAAGGCGAGACAUCUGCACCUCCCUACUUAACAGAAGCUCAACUCGUCACACUCAUGAAUAAAAAUGGGAUUGGGACUGAUGCCACUAUGGCACAGCACAUUCAGACCGUAAUUGACAGAGAAUAUGUUCUAGAACAAAAAAUUGGAGGAACAAAAUACUUACUCCCGUCGAAGCUGGGUGUCGGUCUUGUGGAAGCAUACAACAGGAUCGGAUUUGACAAAAGUUUAUCCAAGCCUCAACUACGGCGAGAGACCGAACAGAUGAUGGUCCAGGUGUGCGAAAGUAGACGAACGAAAGAGAACAUGAUACAACAGAGCCUUGAUCAAUACCGGGAAGUAUUUCUCCGUGCACGAACCAAUUUUGCGAGGGUCACUGAGACCGUCGCUGCGUUUAUACGUGGAGAAGGGGGUCAUGUUAAUGCUAACGGUGGGAAUCCUGGCGGCGGACCGGGGGACGGCGGUGGCGGUGGCGGUGGCAGGGGAGGACGCGGUGGAGGGCGCGGUGGAGGUAGAGGGAGCGGUCGCGGGUUCCCUAGAGGUGGAGGCGGGGGCUCAUCAGGUACGGACAGGGGUCAUCCUCCUGGUCCCUCUGACGACAAAGACUCAGGUCCACCGCCGCCUUCAAACCGACGAACACGAUCAGAACCUAAAAGCGCCUCAAACACUGGGAACAUAACACCGCCAAACUGUAACUGUGGCACCGUCGCUGCCGAACGCACUGUCACCAAGGAUAAUGAGAAUAAAGGGAGACAAUUUUGGACCUGUGGAACGGAUAAGAAAUGCGGAUUCUUUGAGUGGGCUGCGCAAGGUCUCUCAUCGUCUAUGAGCGGCGCCAGCGGAUCUACUGCGACUGGGGCCUCUAAACGACAGCACGUAAGCAGGUUCUUUCUAUCACCACAACUGGUCCCUGAAGGGGGGUUCAUUUGCCAUUCGCCGGGCGAACUCGAAAAGUCAACUAAUUCAGGUGCGAAGAGUGAUCUACCAAAAUGCCAAUGCAAUCUUGAAGCCGUUCAACGGACUGUGACCAAGGAGGGUCCUAAUAAAGGCAAACAAUUCUGGACGUGUCCUCAGCCUCAGGGGACUCAAUGCAAGUUCUUUGCGUGGGUUGAUGGGAAUGAUGUCGAUCAUCAUCACACGCCAGGGUCAGCGUCAAAUUCUUCGGGUCCCGCUGCAGGAGGGGGUAGUACGGAUGCGGGGAAAGAGUGUUUCAAGUGGUACGUCUAG